AUGGAUGAAAAGAUUGCUUUGCGGUCCGUUGUGACCUCUCACAGAAAAGAACAAGACGUUCGGGGCACUACAGAUGAGGAACCCACGAGUCAUGAAGCCACAUCACCGACGGACAAGAAUAAUCCCAACAGCAGCAGUAGCAGCAGCGAUGAUAUGAUCAUUGACGAUGAUGAGGCUCGGAAAACCCUCGACUAUGAUGCGAACGAUUCGCCCUACCCAGAAGUCCGCGCAGUUGUGCCGGCUAAAGAUGAUCCAACCGCGCCUACGAAUACAGUGCGCAUGUGGGUGAUUGGUAUUUUGUUCACCAUUAUUGGAAGUCUUUUAAAUCAACUGUUCAGCCUGCGCCGACCAAGUCUGACUAUUUCUGCAUUUGUCGGCCAAUUGCUCGCGUACCCUGUGGGUGUCGCGUGGGCUCGCGUGAUGCCCAUCGGUAUUCUGAAUCCGGAUCGCCAUUUCAACCUCAAAGAGCAUGCUCUCAUCACAAUCAUGGCCAAUGUCUCCUUCGGAUCCGCUUCCGCAACCCAAGUUAUUCAAGCAAUGGUCAAAUUUUACAACCUCGGGAACAACCCCGGAUUCGGUGUGUUGUUCACGAUUGCGACUCAAUUGUUCGGUUUCGGUCUUGCAGGUUUGUUUCAGCGGUGGCUCGUUCAACCAGCCGCCAUGAUAUGGCCUAGUGUGCUAUCAAACUCCGCACUCUUGAUGGCGCUUCAUUCUAGGACUAACGCUCUUGCGGAUGGCUGGACUAUAUCUCGUCGGAAAUUCUUCCUUAUUGUAUUUUCCGCUGGAUUUGCCUGGUACUUCCUCCCAGGAUUUUUGUUCAAGGCCUUGAGUUAUUUCAGUUUUAUCUGCUGGAUUGUUCCCCAUAACGUCGUGGUCAACCAGCUCUUUGGGCAGGUGAGCGGGUUGGGAAUGUCCGUUUUGACGUUCGAUUGGGCCCAGGUUGUAUAUGCAAACCCAAACCCCCUGUUGACUCCUUUCUGGGCUGGUGUCAACGUCAUAUUUGGGUUUGUCUUCUUUUACUGGCUUAUUUGUCCUAUUCUCUACUACACCAACACGUGGUAUUCCGCAUACAUGCCUAUGAUGAGCUCCAACACAUUCGACAACACCGGAAAACCAUACAACACAACCAGAAUCAUGAACCGGGACGCGACGGUCAAUGUUGCGGAAUACGAAAGCUAUUCACCCAUGUUCCUCCCUGCAGGUUAUGCUUUGACUUAUGGUAUCGCCUUUGCCAACUUGACUGGAAUUUUUGUUCAUAUCGCCCUCUAUCAUGGCAAGGAAAUAUGGACUAUCUGGAAAGGAAACAGCAAGAAGGAUAUACAUGCGCGUAUCAAUGAAGGUUAUCGACAGGUCCCAUGGUGGUGGUUCGCUUCCAUCACACUGCUAAUGUGGGUCCUGAGUAUCGUUGUCAACGAAGUGUGGCAUACCGGUUUGCCCGUUUGGGCUGUUAUUUUGGGCUUUCUGUUGCCGCUUGUCUAUUUCUUGCCGAUUGGAAUCAUCAAGGCGUUGACGAAUGUCAGCACCAAUGAAAUCAACCUAAUUACGGAGUUUAUUGGAGGAUAUGCCUUCUUGGGCACGCCUAUUGCUAACAUGUCAUUCAAGUUCUUGGGUUAUGCCGGUGUUGCGCAAGGAUUAGAGUUUAUCGCCGACCAAAAACUCGGCCACUAUUUUCACAUCCCUCCUCGAACAGUCUUUUGGGCCCAAGGAAUUGCCACGCUAGUUGGAGCCCUAGUCCAAUCCGGCCUAACAAUCGGCCUCCUCGAGGGCGUCGACGACAUCUGCACCUCCCAACAGUCCGGCGGAUACAGCUGUCCCCACGGAACCGUCACCUACUCCUCAUCUCUUAUCUGGGGCGCCUUAGGACCCGGCCGUAACUUCUCUCCCGGCCAGAUCUAUGGAAACCUGCUCUGGUUUUUCCUCGUCGGCCCCCUGGUUGUUCUUUUGACGUGGGCUUUGGGGCGGAAAUGGAAAAUUUUCAACUACAUUGCUUGGCCUGUGGUGUUUGGUGGUAUGAGUCUUGUGCCGCCGGCGACGGGCAUUAACUUCUCGUCAUGGUUUGCUUUUAAUGCCAUUUUCAACGGAAUCAUCAAGCGGAGAAGAGGAGCUUGGUGGUCUAAAUAUAACUACAUUCUCGCAUCAGCACUCGACUGCGGUGUCGCAGUCUCAACAGUCAUCAUCUUUCUCUGCAUCAUCCUGCCUGGCGCAAAUCUUGAAUGGUGGGGAAACACUGUCUACGCGAAGACCGCCGAUGGACUUGGCACGCCUUGGAAACGAGUGUCGUCAGGUCAAACUUUUGGGCCGUCGACGUGGCAUUGA